AUGUCAAGCAAGUUCUUCUCCAAUUUUUGACUGAAAAUUUCAAUAAAAUUUUGAAUUUUAUUUAUUUCUGUAUCAAUUUCUUCAAUAUUUUCUAAUCCAUAUAUUUUUUGGAUUUCUUCCUUUUUUUCUUCUUCAGAGCAUAAAAAUUCUUCCCUAAUACUUAUUAGUCUUUUUAAAUCAUUUUUUUCCUUCUCAAUGUCUUGCAACUCUGGGUUAAAUUCCCUUUUUAUUAUUUUCAGCGUUUCCUCAACUCUAUCUUUGAAUUUUAUUCAGAUAUUUUUAUCAUAA